AUGAGUUGGUCUAACUCCACAAUUUCUGAAGGACUUCGUUAUUUUUUACCACGCGAGGAUGCUAGAAAAUUGGAAAGAUUUUUCCCUGAAAACUUUGAUCGAUUCACGGCUGCCGUGGCGAUGAGGAAAAUCGAGAUAUUUUUGAAAGCAAAUCAGAUUUUAUCCGAACCCGCUUACAAACUUGUUGGAGAUAUUAACAUGUUCCGAAAUCCUCAAAAAAUCAUUGGGGAAUAUCAUCAUUCGAAAACUGUUCCGUACAAGGAUCGAAAGGGGAAUUUAUACGUGAACAAGGUUGAUGUUUUUGGAAUUGCUCAUGAGAAAAUAUGGCAGUUUUUUGAGAAUCACACAAUUUUAUAUGAAGAAAUCUAUCGAAUGAUUUCAAGAAAGAUCGAAAAUCAUUUCGAACUCAUUCCGUUUAAUGAUUUACCGGAAAUUAUUGAUAUUUCUUUGAAAAAUCACAAAGAACAUGCGAUUGUUCCAACCGAUUUGACUUCGAAUUUUGAAACUUAUCUCGAUUAUUUUUCCAAAUUUUUCAAUGAAAUGCAAAUGGAUUGGGGGAAUAUCAAGGCAUUCUUGGAAUAUACAAAUCGGGUUAGUUUUCUGUGAGAGAAAACGAGAGAGAAGAGACGCGAGACGAAAAAGGGAUAUGAGAAACUCCGCCCACUUUUUUUUUCGUUUGUUGUGUGUAAUUUUGCGUCACGGUGUAUGUGUUCCCCGCGCUUUUUGAAUUUUUUUUCUGCGAGGUUUUUCAAUUGAAUUUUGGGGAAAAUGCCUUCUGCAAAAAUCUCUCAAUUUUAUUUCCAGACUUCUCCGAUUUCUGGAAAUCCAAAAAAAUACAUCGAAAUCUACAGCUUAACAUUGUUUUAUGUCACAUUUUUCGAAAGUUUCAAGAAACAACAUUCGGAUCUUUUUUCACAGGUGCGAAAUUAUUUGCAUUUUCGAUUUUCACAAUCAGUUUUUUUCCAGAAUUCUGAAAGCACAGUGAUUCGCUGCUUUGACUCUGAAAACCAACAAUUUUUCAUGAUUGAUGAAGCUUUCCGCGCAAUUAAAAUCGCAAGAGAAAAAAGGCAAUUAGAAUAUCCAGUUGAAUUGGAAGAUAUUCUAAACAAUAUUGAUGGCGAAGUUCAAAAUGGGAUAAUUGGAACACUUUCAACAGAAGAAUUUGAUAGAUUUUCAGAUUUAUUUGAAGUUUUUGAGGAUAUUGAGAUAAUUGAUUGUUCGAUUGAUAGAACAAGUCUUUAUUUUGCGGUUCCAAGUAUUUCAAUGAGGAAUUCGAGAUGUUUUUUGGCCACUGAUGGAUUUAAUUAUUUAUGGAAAGAGAUCAGUUUUGGGUUAAAAUUGUUUCAAAGAAUUAACAGUGAAAGUUUGCCAACUGUUUUUGAAUGGUUCAAAAAUUUGGGAGGAAUAUUUCAAAAACGAGAAGAUUUAUAUUUCAUCGAAAAAUCUGAACUCGACAAAAUUAUUCAGAAAAUGUAUGAGGAUUUGGAACCAUUAUGCUUUGAUUAUAUAAUGCAAUGCACAUUUAGCAAUGAUUUUAUGAUGAAACAAAUUGAAAAAAUCGAGAUCAAAAAGGAAAUUACGGAAUUUUGUGAGAAAACAAAGACUGAUUUGAGGUUGCUGAAAUAUUUGAAAACGAAAUUGAAACGAAAUGAACCGCAGGAGAGUAUGGAUGAUAAGGAUAUUCGAGAUGUUCAUGAUAUUUUAUUCAAGAAUCGAUUUUUUAAGGAGGACGGAAUGGUGAGUUUCUGGAAUUCCUGUUUAAUUUCCAAUUUUAGGAACGCUUCUAAAAAUCUUUUUGAAAACAACCUAAUUUCGCGAGAGAGAAAACGAGAGAGUAAAAUUAGCAGAAGAGACGCGAGACGAAAAAGGGAUACAGGCUCCUCCUAUUUUUUUUUUGAAUUUCCAAAACACUCUUAAAUGUUUUCAGGAAAUGUAUCGAGAUUUCAUUCAUAGUCAAAAACAAUGUCACACAAUUCCAUACUAUCAAUGUGCUUGUCAACGUGAUUUUCAUUAUAAUCGACCUGAAGUGGUAAGAAAUCUUCCCCACCUCUAGGCGCGACUCCUUGACGAAGGUGACGCUUAAGCGUCGCUGCUUAAGUGGGCCUAUGUACCUCUAGGCGCGACUCCUUGACGAAGGUAACGCUUAAGCGCCGCUGCUUGAGUGGGUUUACCUCUAGGCGCGAAUCUUUGACGAAAGUGACGCUUAAGCGCCGCUGUUUGAGACGGUUUACCUCUAGGCGUGACUCCUUGACGAAGGUGACGCUUAAGCGCCGCUGCUUGAGAGGGUUUACCUCUAGGCGCGAAUCCUUGACGAAGGUGACGCUUAAGCGCCGCUGCUUGACUGGGGGUACUUCUAGGCGCGAAUCCUUGACGAAGGUGACGCUUAAGCGUCGCUGCUUGAGAGGGUUUACCUCUAGGCGCGAAUCCUUGACGAAGGUGACGCUUAAGCGUCGCUGCUUGAGAGGGUUCACCUCUAGGCGCGAAUCCUUGACGAAGGUGACGCUUAAGCGUCGCUGCUUGAGAGGGUUCACCUCUAGGCGCCGCAGCAGACCCCAAAUCCCUUAAUUUCCAGCGGCGACCCGCGAAUCGCACCUAUCAAAUCGACGUGGUUCGAUCAACAAUUCCUCCAAAUGUUCGUUUCGAUUUGGAGAUGGAUUAUUGCGAGAUCACCCAAUCAAAUGAGCACAUUUUCACAAAUGCACGAUCUUUGAGAUGUUGUUUGGAGAGUGUUGUGAGAAAUGGUGGAGCAUUGUUUGCUCCAAUUUUGAGAGAUAUUGCGUGUUCGGUGAAUUCGCAUGAGAGUGGAUUUCGACAAAUUUUCCAUGUUUCCAAAGAGCAUUAUGAAAAUAUGAACGUAUUUGUGUUGGAGCAAUUUGGAGGUAAUUUUGUACUAUAGAUGAGUUUCGCACUUACAAUUAGCAUGGCCUAGAAAUUUCUUAUCAAAAAGUUCGGCCACGCAACCUUGUUGCUUUUCAAAUAUUAUUGAAAAUCUCAUCAGUCACCACGCGCUCCACACGCAACGCAGACCGCGUCGCGCCACAACACACACAAAAAAGUGUUGUGGCGCGGCGCGGUCUGCGUUGCGUGUUUACCGAUGAGACUUUCGAUAAUAAUUUGUGUGGCAGGCUACGGUAGCUAGCAGUUGUGUGCAAACACGGCGACGCACAAACGCACGCCCCCGAUUUUUUUUUGUGGCGCAAAAAGGAUUUUUGAAAUCAAGAUUUCGAAAGAGCUCAUUGACAGUGCGAAAAUCAAUUUCAAUUCCAAAUCAGAAAAACAAAUAUUUUUCUACAGAGAUGUCAGAAAUAAUAUCCGAAGAAAUGGCAAAUCAAGAAACAGAAUGGGAUGAUUUUUGGAUUAAAAUGACUGAUAAACUUCCACUCAUUGACGUCACAAAACUCGAAAACUAUAAGAAUUUUCUCGACGAGGAAAAUUAUGAAGAAAUGUAUGUGGAAGUUGCAACAUUUGUAGAACUUCUUCCUGUUUGGUUCAAACAUCAUGACACAAUUCAAGAAUUCUAUGAGAUUGUUGAGCCGGAUCAGAUGAUCUUACCAGUGUCUCAAACAGCUUUUUCUACUAGAAAAGCGAUUCGAAAUGAUCUUGCGAUUGAUUCGAUUGAAAUUAUUCUUCAGUAUCACAAUUAUUUAAAUCAUCAGAAUUAUGGUUUGUUUUUUUUCACUUCAAGAACUUCAGGAACAUAAAUAAGAUUAUUCUGUAUUCCAGAAAUUUUGAUGGAACACGUGCAGAAUUGGUUUUGGAAGACAGAAUGUAUCACAAUCCAUAAUUUGACAAGAUUAUUUGAUGCGAUUCAAUGUUUACCGAUUGAUCGAUUUUAUUUUUUGGUUAAAAAGGAUAUUAGAAAUCGGGGAAGAUUGUGCAAACCUGAUGGGGUUUUUGAUCGAUUUCGAUGAUUUUUUGAAGAUUUUUUUGUUGCACAAUAACAAUAUCUAUAUAUAAAUAAAGCCUGGGAAAAUAUGAAAUCUAAAAAUAGAUGUUUCUCCUCUUAAAAACAUCAGACAGUCAUUUAUUCUUCAAAAAAAAACAAAUGUUCUCUCUGAAAAUUCUCUCAAUUUUUCUCCGCUUUCAAAUCGCAACAUCCGUGAGCCUUUGUCAAAUCACAAAGUUGUACUUCUCGAGGAUGAUUAUUAUGAUCUAAUUGAUUUUCUCAACUCAACAUCUACGGAUGAAAAUGGAAAAUUUAACAUUUUUGGAACAGAAGCUGAAUUUUUCGGAAUGCAACCAGUUCUAUGUUUUAAACAUAAUUGUACUUCAGAUUUGAAAGAAUCGAUUGAAAGUUGGUAUAUUCAGAAGAAACAUUUGGAUACAGUUUUAGAUGUUAGUAAAAACUUUGGUAUUGGGUAUGUAAAACCAGAUCUACGCAUUAAUGAAAGAUUUGAACCUAUUUGUAAUAGGUAUUUUUCAUAAAUUUGAACUUUUGAAUGAAUGUUUUGCAUAAAUAAAUUAAAAAAAUUUAUUUUUUAUCAUCCAAACUUCCAACUUCCACGUCAUAACUCUGUGCUCAACCAAAUUAAUAAAUAUUUCCCAUUAUUUUUUUUUGCAGCUCUUUUUCGCCGGCAACAAAUAAUUUGCUAUAAUACGACCACCCAGUUAAGUACAAAAAAUGACUGAAGUCUCCAUGGAUACUUAUUUCAUUUUUAUGGGUAUAAGAUGUGUUUUUUUUACCCUUUUCAACACAUUGUGUUGACUCGUGUUUUAGAUAUAAUUUUUCUUUUUUUUUUUUUUUUUUUGAAGAAUUCGUAACGCAAAAAUCUGAACUUUUCGGUUUCCUAAUUAAAAAAAAAUAAAUUUUUGUUCCUCAAAAUCUCUCCUGAAAAUCGAUUUGAUAUUUUAUUGGCCACACACGACGAAAAAAACCAAAUUGUUUAUAUUUCGACCUUUUUUCGUUUAUAUAAUUAUUUUUCGCAUUUUCUCUACAAUAUUUCCCACGGUAAUAUGUAUCUGCAUAAUUUUUCUUUAUUGCGCUCAAAACUUUUUUUUUUACUGUCACAUCUUCAAUUGAUUUUUUUUAGAAUGAGUUGGUCUAACUCAACUAUUUCCGAAGGACUACAAUACUUUUUGACACGCGAGGAUGCUCAAAAAAUUGCGGAAUUUUUCCCGAGCAAUAAUGAGAGAUUUGAUGCGUCAGAAUGCUGGCAGAGAAUUCGAAGCUUUUUGGAAGAAAAUGAGGAAUUGAGGAGCUUUGCCUAUGCUCAUGAAUUUGUAGCGGAUAUUAAUUUGCUGCGGAAUUCAGAAAAUCCUCAAAAAAUCAUACAAGAAUAUCAUAACUUCAAAGUUCAGCCAUAUAAAGAUAGAAAAGGGAAGAAAUAUAUUUCAAAACAAGAUGUUUUUUCAAUUGCUCAUGGAAAAAUCUGGCAAUUUUUCGAAGUGCAGCAGAGAAUCCUUUGCGAGGAAAUUUUUAAAAUGAUCUGGAAGUCAAUCAAAAAUCAUUUCAAAGGUUAUUUCGAGCUCAUACCAUUUGAAGAAAUUUCGGAAACUAUUGAUAGAUGUCUCAGAGACCACGAUGAAAAUACAAUUAUUCCAAAUGAUUUAACUUCUUCUUUUCAAACAUAUUCCAAUUAUUUAUCAAAAUUCUUCGAAGAAUUUCAAUUGGAUUGGUCAAAUAUUAAAAUCUUCCUUGAAAAUGAGGAGCAGGUGAAUAUUCCUAACUUUUUUUAAAAAAAGUUUUAAAGAUUUUCAUUUCAGAAUUUUCCAAUCACCGAAAAUGCACAGAGAUAUAUUGAGAUCUACAGUAAAUUAUUAUUCUAUGUCACAUUUUUCGAAAAAUUCAAAAGAGAACAUCAGGAAUAUUUUGAAACUUCAAAGGUUUGUUGCCAAGUGAUUUCAAAAAAAAAAACAAAAAAAAAUUUUGCAGAACUCUUCUACUACCCAAAAUAGAGUUGUUCGAUGUUUCCACUAUGAAAACGAACAAUUCUUCAUGAUUGAUGAAGUUGUGGGAGCAAUCAAAACAUCCAAGACAACGAAACAUCUAACAGCUGCACUUGAACUUCGCCAGCGAACCGGUAUUGAUGAAUAUAUCAGAGAUGGUAUCAUUUCAACAAUAACAUCUCAUUAUUUUUACCAUCAUUCACAGAAAUAUGGAUUAAGUGAUGAGAUUGAAAUUAUUGAUUGCUAUUUGGAAACAACUUCUAAUAGUCAGAAAUUGGGGGUUCCAAAUAUAUCAGCAAGAAAUUCGAUAUGUUUUUUGGCUAUGGAUGCGUUUAACUAUUUGUGGAAGGAGAUUAGCUUUGGGCUCAAGAUUUUUCAGAGAAUUGAAAAAUCGAAAUUGCCUGUUGUUUUUAAGUGGUUCAAAAAGUUAGAAAACAUUUUUCAAACUCGAUUAGAUUUAUAUUUCAUCGAAAAAUCAAAAAUUGACCAAAUCAUUGAAAAGAUGUACGAAGAUCUUGAACCAUUGUGCACUGAACCAAUUAUGAAUCUAACUUUUGGUGAAAGCGAAGAUCAAGAAACUGAUGAUAGUCUAGUAGAUUGGGAAACUGUUGAAGAUCGAGAAAGAAGAAGAGAGGAAAAACUUUUGGAAGAGGUUGAGGAGUUUUGUGAGAAAACUGGUGCCAAUUUAGUGUUUCUCAAAUUUUUGAAAAACAAAUUCAAACAUAAUGAGCCACAGCAAACAAUGGAUCAAAGAGAUAUUCGAGAUAUUUUUGACAUUUUAUUCAAGAAUCGAUUUUUGAAAGAGGAGGGAAUGGUUAGUUCAACUAACUAACUUAGUUGGGGGAAGAAGUUUGAUAUGAGCAAUAAAAAAAUUUUCCAGAAAAUCUAUCGAGAUUUCAUUCAUGGUCAGAAAAAAUGUGAUUCAAUUCCAUAUUUCGAAUGUUUUUGCUCAAGUUUUCAUGAUGUUCUAGAUCCAGAAUUGGUAAGAAUUCCCCCCAAACCAUUUUCAAAAUAAAUUUCCAGGAAAUUCCCGAAGACGACACUUUUCAUGUUGAUGUUGUGGAGUUCAAUCACCCUGAAGAUGUGAAUUUUGAAGUUGAAACUGAUUAUUUCGAGAUCACAAAAUCACAAGAAUACAUCUUCACAAACGUCUCCUCCUUCAGAUUUUUCUGUUCAAGUCUUCCGAAUGAAACCGCUCAAAUCGGCCGAAUUUUGCGCGAUAUCGCAAGUUCAAUAAUGGGAAAUGCUGUGCAUUUUCGACAAAUUUUUCAUAUUUCUCAACAAGAUCAUGAAGAAUUCAAAGAAAAGGGUGUGGAACAAUUUAAAAGUAUGUGAAUUAUCAUUUUUUUUUCCCACAUAAUUUUUUAUAGAAAUGUCAGAAAUGGUUUCUAAAAAUAUAGAGAAUAUUGAAUGGGACGAGUUUUGGACAAUAAUCCUUGAUAAAAUGCCAUAUAUUGAUGUUCGAAGAAUUUCGAAUUAUAGAGGAAUUUUACGAAAUGAUCGAAAAAUGUAUACACAAAUUGCGACAUUUGUAGAAUUAGUUCCACACUGGUUGAAAAACUAUAACAACAUCCAAGAGUUCUACAAAACUGUUGUGCCUGAUCGAAUAAUUCUACCAGUUUCUCAAACUUCUGAUUCACCUUGGCGAAAUAUUCGAAAUGAUUUGGCGAUUGAUUCCAUCGAAAUUCUUCUCGAACAUUCGAAUGCAUAUAAUCACAAAAAUCUAGGUUGGUCUGGAAAAUCAUUCCAUUCACAAAACCCAAAAUUUCAGAUAUAUUAAUGUGGUUUUCGGAAGGAUGGUUUGUGAUGACUGAUUUUAUUGGUAUUCAUGAUUUUGAAUCAAUUGUGGAUUCUUUCGAAUGUCUACCGAUGGAUCGAUUUUAUUUGUUGGGGAAGAAAGAUCGGAGAAAUAAAGAUAGACAUGUUUAUCCUGAUGGAUAUUUGGAUGAAUUGUAUGACGAAUAA